UUAGUUUUGAAGAGGCACGGAUAGAGGACGCGAGGAGGAUUCAAUUGAGAUUCUCCCAUAGAAUAUGAUUUGUUCUGUGCGUUCGAGUUCUACGUUGGGCGUUUUGUAACGUCGCACCUUGCCCCAGGAAUGGAAUGUCUUCAGCCCCGCAACUGCCAUACAUUGACUGUUCGGCUAGGGCUCUGCGAGAUACUGAAGCUGAGCGAGUGUAUCAUUUAAAGUUUACUACACGAUUUGUUAUUGUAAUGAUUAACGCUUAAAUAGUUUUAUUGCGACAACUGUUUACUCGUACUACUUGGUCUUUUUUUGGUUGUUGUGAAGAAACGGGGAGGAUUCAACUUCAGCGAAUCCGGAGGUCCAUUUUGUUAUUUUUGCGAACCAAGCUGUUUUUUCCACUGAAGCUUUUAUGGUGUUAGCGGACAUAUAGGUCGUUUUCUAAAAUACACGGCGAAUGAAGAUUGAACAAAACAAACCACGACAAGACAUAUAAGUGUUAGCUAUAUGCAUAUUAUAUUUAGCUAGUACGUAAGCUAACGUGACCUAGCUAGCUACUACAGGCUGAAAGCUAGCAACAGUGAUGAAUCAUUUUGAACGACAGCCUUUGAAGAAUUAAGCGAGGACCAUUCAAAUGGUUGAGGUUUGUAGCUAGUUCAUCAACAAAGAGAGAACGAAAUUAAAUCAGGUAACUAAUAACGUUAGGCUACCUCUGUCGAAAGAUCUACACCUGGACAAACAUAUCAUAUUAGUUAGCUAAGGCCAACUGCAUCACCAAUUUUGGGACAAGAGAUAACUAGCUAUCUGGUCAGCUCGUGCGAUUCUUGGCUAGAUUCAAGCUUGCAAAUACGGACAAAGAGAGGACCAACGUAAGCCAAUAUUUUGUGUCAGCAUUUAGAAUCUUCCUCAUUCAUCGUAUUUGGAAAGGAAAACAAUAAACAAGGAAUUGACAUGAUGUUUCCACAAUCCAGACAUUCAGCUUCAUCGCAGCAGCUGAAAUUCACGACCUCUGACUCGUGUGACCGAAUUAAGGAUGAGUUCCAGUUCCUCCAAGCACAAUACCACAGUUUGAAACUGGAGUGUGACAAGCUGGCAAGUGAGAAGUCUGAGAUGCAGCGUCAUUAUAUCAUGUACUAUGAGAUGUCCUAUGGACUGAACAUCGAAAUGCACAAGCAGGCUGAGAUUGUGAAGAGAUUAAACGGGAUCUGUGCCCAAGUCCUCCCUUAUCUGUCCCAGGAGCACCAGCAGCAGGUCCUGGGGGCCAUCGAGAGGGCCAAGCAGGUCACCCCUCCAGAGAUGAACUCCAUCAUCCGGCAGCAGCUCCAGGCUCACCAGCUGUCCCAGCUCCAGGGUCUGGCCCUGCCCAUGACCCCCAUGCCCCUGGGCCUGAGCCAGUCCACCCUGCCUGCCGUCACCUCCUCCUCAGGCCUCUUCUCCCUCUCCUCCAUCCUUGCCUCGCAGGCCCAGCUGGCUAAGGAAGAGAAAGCGUCCCGUGAGGGAGCCGACAACCACCGUGAGGAGGACGGGGACAAGUCCGACUAGAGCUCCCUCUCUUUCUCCCUCCACCGCAUAUCAGCAGCAUCGGAGGGCUGUGAUCCUGUGUACCUGCUAUGUAUCCAGCCUUCCUCCUCUCCCCUACGCCCUUCUCCCUAAUCGUCCUACUUAUAUUUGCCAUGCUUGGUUUUUAAUUCUACUCUAUUUUUCUCUCGCUCUCUUGUCCUAUCUGAUGCUUUUGCCGUCAUUCCAACUGUGUACAGUGUUGAUAUAUAUAUAUUUUUUAACAAUUUCUUCAGAUAUCGUUUGUGAUUUGAGCUUGAUUUCUUUUUGUUAAUUGUGUAUUCUUGUCACGGACCACCAACUGUCCCUUUUCCUUCCAUUCUGACCACAUUUUCACUCUUUACUCUCCCUCUGUUAAAGGAGGAGUUUCCUUUUUUACAACCAAAUCUCUGUUUUUGAUGUAAAUAGCAUGUUAUAUAAGGGUCCAGACACCUUUUUUGUGAUUUCAAAUGUUUUUGAGAAAGAAAGCUUUUAGUGUAGUGAUGCCGGUCUUUAGAUGUUGUACACAUGAAAUUGUCAUUCCAAACUUUAUCCUCAAUGUUAUAUUCCAUUUUGUUGCGACUCAUGCUAUAUCUCUCCGUCCAUUCUACAUGUAACUGCCAAAAGAAAGGAAACACUUGAUUAAAUGAGGGAUACAAAGUGUUUUGAAAGCAUGAAGUGCUUCCACACAGGAAGUUCCAGACACUUGUAGAAUCUAUGCUAAGGCACAUUGAGGCUGUUCUGGUGACCAUGGUGGCCCAAUGCCCUAUUAAGAUGCUUUGUGUUGGUGUUUUUCUUAUUUUGGCAGUUACAUGCAGCAAGCUACACAGAAAAUGGAACAGCUGGAUAGGGUAAACUACUUGAGUCGCCAAAAGGGAAUAUAACAUUCUGGAUAAAGUUCGGAAUGACACAAUUUUAUGUGUACAGCAUCUAAGCCCUGCAUCACUACUGCGAGCUUUGCUGUUUCUACAAAUACAUAUUUGGGUGUUUUUGGAACCUUUGUUCGUGUUUUUUUGGGGCCCCCAUAUUACACGACGAGGACAAAGAAUUGAUAUGCUGUUUGGGGUAAGUUUCUCAAACUUGAAAUCACAAAAGAGUCUGGACUGUACUAUAACAUGCCAUUUACAUAAAAAAUAGAGUUUUGGUUGUAAAAAAAGAAGAAGGAAACUUCUUUAAUCACUCUCUCCUCCCCUCCAUUUUGCUCAUUUCUGUUCGUUCUUUCUCUCUCUCAUAAGUGGAUAUUUGUUUGCACGCCACCGUCGCUGAGCGUCUCCUUCCUCCCUUUUUAACCAGGGCCCAUCUGGGACCCUGAAUGUCACACGGUAUAAUUGGAAUAACAAACCAGAAGAGAUCCAACAGACAGGCUUGCGUCACACAGCUCUCUAGCCUCUGUUGUGUCAACUUGAUUCGAUCGGUUGGUGUGUGUGUGGUAACUCACACGACUUUGUUGCUCCAUCGUAAAGAGACUCUUAGAUGAGCUACAUCGAAACGGGUCUAUGGACGUCUGAAUCCUAACUUGAAAAUCCUGCAUUGAUAGUUGGGUGCACUUCGAUUUUCAGGUUAGUAUUCGCCCCCAAGGUGAAGGAGGGUAGUUGAAAGACGUCAGUCUUCUUGGGGAAUAGUGUAACUAGGUAACUCCAGUCCCUGAUGGCUAUAGUUGGGAAAGAAGCAUUCCUGUCUUAAUGCCAUGUAAAGCUGUGCUCUUACGUAGUCAAACUCUAGUGCUGCUUUUAGUCGUUUUAAGAAAGUAGGACGUAUUGAAAAAAAUACCUCUAGAUAAGUAGAGAGAUGUAUAAUGAAAAUUGUAUAUGGGAAACGAAACACACCUUCAAGUCUGUGCUAUCAGUCCUCCAACAAAUCCACCCCCUAUGACAAAUUCCCCAAAGAACCCGGUCUAACCCACUGAGCUGCUUUAGACAUAUCCACACAGCAGCUUCCAUGAAAGGCAUGCUAACAGUACUAUAAUAACAGUCCGAAUGUCCAGAUCGCAGUGAUGAUAACAUUGUGGAAGGUAGAAAAGAACUGCAGAUCUUUUUUCUCCUUUCUGUAAAGUGCACUAAUAUUAUGUUUUGGCGGUGAUGCAGUAGAGGAGAGUAGUUGCCUCCAACACUAGAGGGCAGUAAGUGUUUUAGAAAGCAGCUCUGACGUCCAUUGAGUCACCUCUUUGAACAGGAGUCCUCCGGUCUAUUUUAGGGAACGGGUUGACAUCUCUAUCAACCCCUAUUGUUAGGCAGCGGCAUUGAACAUAUUAUGCAAAAUGUCCACUCAGCCCCGACUAUCUUUUUACUCAAAGAUGAAUCUCUGUAUAAGAAAAAAUGAUACAUGAUUGAGCUUUCUCUUGUAUACAAUACAUUAACAGCACUCACAUAUUUUGAUCUAUUGUCCAUGGCCAAUGAAUAGUUAACGUAAUGUUUUGGAGCUGUUCUUUGAGUAGAUAAAGCAUAAAUAGCCACUGUUUAAUGUGCAUUUACAAAAAUAUAUUUUUCCCAAACAUGUUUCUCAAAACUUAUUGGCGAAACAGAGCGAGAAACGACAGCUUGAUACGAUAUUACCUGGACCCGUGAGUGCCGCUGUAGACUAGAACUGAAGCUGUACCUGGGCUUGAAGAAAUAAUCAUAUGAAUAUGAUGAUCUCUGAUGCCCAGGAUCCUUCAAUUCAAAGUUCAUUUAACCAGCUCUGCAAAUGUUAUGACAAUACGUUCGGUAAUCACCGAAAUAUGGCACUCCAUUUAGUAUGAUAUGUUACGUUUCGUAUGGUAUGUAUUAAUUUGUGGAUGACCAUCAUCCAUUUUGUAUGGUAUGAUAGGCUACAAAUUGCAAAAGUUUUGUUAAGAAUUCAAUUUGUUGUUGCUAAGGUUGGCUAGGUGGCUAACGUUAGCUAGUCUAGGGGUUACGGAUGGGGGAAGUGUUAUCUAUCUAGCAUACUAAGUAGCCAAAAAGUAGUUGCUAAAGUUGUCCGUGAUGAGAUUCGAACGCGCUACCUUUUUGUUUGUUAGACGUUAGCGUUAUACGCCCACCAUCCACCCCCCUUCCUUUUGGCUUAAGUAACAUUGUUUUAUGUAACCAUACCAAAUGUAACGUAUCAUACUAAUUUGAGUGUCCUGGAUUUACGUUUACUAUGUUACGUCUAGUCUGAGACGGGCUGUUUUUGGAAGUACAUACUGUGUGAAAAUGCAGUAAUGACAAUAGUUCCUCCGCUAAACUCCAUAUUUUGGUGAGUACCGAACAUAUUUUUUACAACGUUUGCAGACCUGGUUAAUGGGACUUUGAGUUGAAGAAUCCUGGGCGUCGGAGGCGAUGUUGUCAUAUUCAUCAUCUCCCAGGUACUGGUUCGGGCUAGAACUAAGGUCUAGAACCUUGGGUUGAAUGUCCAGGCAGCCCUAGAGCUAUGGGGAAUGCUAUAGAAGAUGUGUGUGAUGGUGACUGUGGUGGUUUUACUGUAAGAUUCAUUGGGAGGUAAUUGGUGUUAUUGUCUGACCAUUGUUUUGAUCCCAGCCUGUGAUACAGCAUGUGAUGUACUGUAUGUUUUUGUAUUUCCCUUAUAUUAAUAGACAUUCUCCGUUCUGUUUUUGGUGGGUUACACUGUGAGGGUAUAUAGAUCUGUGUAAAUUUCCUAGAUAACUCUGAGAUGAUUCCAUAGCUGUAUGUGAAUGCAUUCAUAAACCUCUGUAAUAUUAGAUUUGAACGUUGGUCAGUCAGUGGUGAACCUGGGAUUGACGUGUGGCUCUCUAAGCUUGUGAGCACAACUUACUCCUAUGGACUUAAACAGUAGUGAUAUGCAACGAGUGUGAGUAGCUAGAUGCACACAAACGCAUGUCUCUUGGGGAACUAUAUUCCUUUCUAUUAGCGAAGAAAUGUUUAAAAAAAAAAAAAAUUGGUACACAUUCUCUGUGAUCAAUGCACUUGUUUGAAUAUUAUCGCUAUAAAUAGAAUGAGAGUAAAAAGCUGUUAAAUUCUGAUACAAAUGAACUAUGUAUUUGUUUAGUAGGUGAGGACCAGUUUAUGUAUACAGUUAUACAUAUAAAGCUUUACGUGUAUAUGGCUGCAUCUUCUGUCUGUCCUGGAUGGUUCCUGUGCUAUGUCCUAACAGUACUGAUGUGACACUAGAGGAACUGCAGUACUUUGACCUAUACCUGACCCAAUCGCUUGCCCUUUCCCCAAAGCGUGAAGCAUUGUAAGCAUUUUGAGCUUUGUAAAGGUCAUUUUUUAAAUACUUAUUUUGUGUAUAAUGUAAAACCUAAAGUGUGUACUUUGGCAACAAAAAAAAAGUGUCAUGAAAUCAUAGCUUCAUUUAAACAAGGUGAAAUGUAAAAAGUAACACAUUGACUAUACAUAACUGAAAUGUUCUGCAGUAAGGAAGUACUUCUGGUGCCUUACAAAUAAAGUCAAUCAAAUCA